CAAAAGGAAAUCACAGCUUCAGACGCUGAGUCGUGUGCUAUUUAUGAAUUGAACCACAGCGUAGUCUACUUUUACACACCAUUACUGUCAACAACUGAGGACUGUCCUAACUUCUCUGAGCUGAUCUCACCUGUCACUGCACACAUGAUGUCACCGGGUCAUUCCUGUUGGGUUGAGUAACACACAACCCCCCCGUUCCACCCAGUCUGUCUUCUCUGGUGACUGUGUGUUUUAGCUGCAGCAUGUGAGAGAAGGACUUAGUUAUCUGUGGCAGUCAACCUCGUUGCUCACUGAUUUAUUAUUUCUGAUUUUACACGCCAUAGGUUGAAGUUGUACGUGUGUGGUAUAGUGCCACCUCCUGGAGUGUAUGGAGAUCUUUAUUUAGCUGCACUUCCAUCCAGGAAGAAGAAAUACCCUGGAUGCCAGUGACCAUAUUUGAGCACUGUGUCUCCCACAGGCUGACUACAAACUGGAACUUACACACACUCAAAAAAAAAAACCCUCCCUUGCAAGUGUGUGUAUAUGUGUGUGUGCCUGUUCAGUAUUGUAGUUACACUCUAUCACCACUACCAGGCAAUGUAAUACCUCGUGUAGCCAUGACGGGGGGCUUUGACUUUCUCUGAGUCACAGCAAACUUCUCUCUCCCUCUCUUUUCCAGCACUUUCUGGUUUCUUCUCCCCUGUCGUCUGACAACAUCCUCUCACACUGCUCUCUUAAUUCAUUCUUUCUUUUCCCACUCUGUCCUUUUGGUGUGAGCUCUGAAGUUCUGAGACUUUUUUUGGAGGGGGAAAGAGCCUUUGAGACUAGUGGAGUAAAAGCUUUCGGGGGGCUGCGUGUGUAUGUGCAUGUGUGUGUGUGAGUGACUUUGUGAGUCAGUAUGCCAUGUCGUCCCCUGGCUCGUCGUUUGUGCAGAUAAAGCAUGAGGACCUGCUCUUCUAUGAGAACUGUGGAGGAGGCAGCUUUGGGAGCGUCUACAGAGCUCUUUGGAUUUCCCAGGACAAGGAGGUGGCUGUGAAGAAACUUCUGAAGAUCGACAAAGAGGCUGAGAUCCUCAGUGUCCUGAGUCAUAAGAACAUCAUUCAGUUUUAUGGAGCGGUGCUGGAAUCCCCCAACUAUGGCAUUGUCACAGAAUAUGCCAGUGGGGGGUCACUGUACGAGUACCUGUCCAGUGAGCAGAGUGAGGAGAUGGACAUGGAGCAGAUCAUGACCUGGGCCAUACAGAUGGCCAAAGGGAUGCAUUACCUCCACGCAGAAGCUCCAGUCAAAGUCAUUCACAGAGACCUCAAGUCACGAAACGUGGUGAUGACAGCAGACAAUGUGCUAAAGAUUUGUGAUUUCGGUGCAUCCAAGUUCCUCACUCACACCACUCACAUGACUGUGGUGGGCACUUUUCCCUGGAUGGCCCCUGAAGUCAUCCAGAGCCUGCCUGUGUCUGAGACCUGUGACACCUACUCCUAUGGUGUGGUGCUAUGGGAGAUGCUGACUCGGGAGGUUCCUUUCAAAGGCUUUGAAGGGCUUCAGGUUGCAUGGCUGGUAGUGGAGAAACAAGAGAGACUGACCAUCCCCACCAGCUGUCCAGUCAGCUUUGCUGAGCUGAUGAGGAAAUGUUGGCAAGCAGAUCCAAAGGAGCGUCCACAGUUCAAGCAGGUGCUGGCAACUCUGGAGACCAUGGCCAAUGACAGCAGACUACCGGACCAGUGUAAUUCCUUCCUACAUAACAAGGACCAGUGGAGGUGUGAAAUUGAAGCAACCCUGGAACGUCUUCGAAAGCUAGAGCGGGAACUUUACUCCAAAGAGAAGGAGCUAGAGGAGAGGGAGAGGAGGCUCAGACUGUGGGAGGAGAGGCUGAUGGAGCGGUCCAACAUGAGCACCAGUCCUACAUCCUUACUGAUGGAGCGCUCCAACAUCUCCCCGUUCUUCACACCACUGUCCAUCGGUUCCUCUGGUUCGUUCUUCCGCUCUCACUCUCAGGACUCUAACAGCACAGGAAUCAGCAGUGCUGGUGUUAGUUCUCUCCUUCGCACCCUCAGCAACGGCGAUACAGAGCGGGGGAGUAGUACAGGGGUGGAAAGGAGCAUGAGCUCCCUUGAAGGUGGCAGAUUCCACGCCAUGCUUCGAGGGCUGCAUGGGAGGUUUGGAGAGGAUGACGAGGAAGAGGAGGGAACCCUGGAGGACAAAAGCUGGGGUCAGCAGGAGAGACACGACAGUGGGAGUAUGGAGGGAGGAAGAGUGCAGGUAACACUCAGAAGCUAUCCAGGAGGUGUAGUGGAGCGGGAGGAGAGGACAUGGGAGGGGGACAGAGAGAAGGGAGGGAGGCAGAGGAGCCGGGUCACAACUAUAGUUCGAGGGUACUCGGGAGGAUUUGGAGAGGCAGAAGGGGAGAGGGAUAAGGAGGGAGGAUGGGAGAUAGAGAAACUGGGGGACAGACUCAGUGAGAGGGGGGUGGAAGGAGGGAUAGAAGGAGGGCGCCUCCCUACCAUGUUUAAGGGGCUCCAUGGGAGUUUGGGCGGCUUGGGGGACAUGCUGACCUUAGACAUGGAUGAGAUGGAGGGCAUGGACAGACUAGGAGACAUGGACAUGAACAUGAACAUGGGGGAGCUUGGGGUGAAGAUGGUAGGUCACGGGGUCAGAAGUGAGCUCGGAGUCCGGGGUCGUAGGAGCGACAUGGGAGUCAUAGUCCAGGGGAUGAAAGGUGACGUCAGUGAGGCCAUCAGCCAGAAGGUCAGAGGUGAAGUGGGCGUCCUCGGCCACUCGGGGGUGCAGGUGAGCAUGCGGGCUUCGUCCAAUCAGAACUCUGUGAAGAGCUGCAGCGUACGGCACGGAACCAAGAUCAACAUGGCCACGGCUGCCAUGGACAUGAUGGAGCUGGACUGGUCCGACAGCGACUAGGAAACAACACACCGAGGCCAAACUAGAGAUUUCACUGGUACACACUUUUCUUUUUGUUACUAUUUUUUAUGGAAUGAAUGAAAACUCCACCCACGUGUACUGUGAAGUAGGAAAGAUUCAACAGACGUUUGUCUUGUUACAGCUGACAGAAUGAUUUCACCUGUGUAAUUGAAUGUGUUGUUAGAACUGAUGCUUAACAUUCUGUAUGAGGUACAAGUGUUGGACAAAACUCACUUGAACACCGCUCUAAUGAAGCAGCACUGAUGUCAGAUUUUACCCCCCCACCCCACCCCUUUCUUCUGCCUAUACCUUAGUUUGUAGAUUUGGUUUGUUCAGAAUAGGCUUUGACUUUUAUCAGUUCUAACUGUGAUCUACUGCGUGAACCUAUUGG